AGGAUCUUUGGUGCAGCUGCUUCAGACGGCGGAAGGAGGCCUCCGCCUCCCCCUCCCUCUCUCCCUCCUCCCGGCCUCGGCGUGCGGGAGGGGUUGUGAAAGUGCCGUUGGUGGAUUUGCAAGCAGUUGCCGUUAUCAGGGCGAUAGCGGCCGCAAAUCCGCCAAUGGAGCUUUCACAACCCUUGUCGCACGCCGCGGCCGGGAGGAGGGAGGGAGAGGGAGGGAGGUUCCUUCCGCCGGGCAGUGUGUGGGAGGAGGAGGUGAUGGAGCCUCUGUUGGGGCUUCGCCACCACGCACCUAGUAUCUUUGCCCCACAAUCAAAGAUAUUAGACGAACACAGCCGCCGCCGCCAACACGAAACGCCACAUUCCUAUUCUCCAGAGAUGCUGCCUGACCCGCGGAGUUACUACCGGGACUCGCACAGGUCACCACUGCAGCGAAUUUAUGAGGGUCCUUUCCCACUGGUGCGCCCCGGCGUCAUGACUUUCCUGUUGGAUUUCGGGGGCAAGGAGGAGAUCGUCUCGGUCGCUCGCCUCAAGCCCGCCCACCUGGAUGUCAAUAGCCCGGUGGUGGUGGCUCAACCCUGGCAUAGUGGCCGUCCGCUGGUCGGUCCGGUGGCACCUGUUGUGCCUGUCUCCCCUUCACCUGUUGUGCCUGUUUCCUCUGCACCGUUACCGUUUCAUGGCUCUGUUUUGCCAGUCCCACUUGUAUCGCCCAUCCCGUCCUUUGUUUCCACUCGGUCCGGUCGCCUUGUCCGGCCUCCCGCUCGGUUCUGUACCUCGGGUUCUGCGGGGGGUCUUGUAGCGGCACCUAGUGGUAGCUUGGAGCAUCACAAACCCUUGCUAUUGGCUGACGCUGUCACAUGAUUGUGGGGGUGUUUUUGCGGGUUUUUCUAUCGUCUUCAUUCAAGCUCCACCCUGUUAGAAGGAGCUUCGUAUUUUUGGCUGAUCUAAAACGCGGUUGAGUAAAUCGCUUUGUUAUUGUUUAAAAUAAAGAAUCUUACUUAACUCAACCGACUCGACUCACCAAACCACAAUAAAUGUGCUUGAGUAACCUCAAUGUAAUUAUUUGUAGGCAUUUUAUUCAAAGGUCAGUUAGGACGGCUAGUCUGUACUCUAGAAUGUUCUUUUGUGUUCAAAGUAUUA